GAAAAAUGUGAGACGCUGUGUGGAGCUAGCUUGAAGAUGACGGUGUAGUCGUAUCGCAGGUAAAUAUUUCAGUGGUAACUAAGCAACAAUGUCUUCAGUUCAGUAUCUGAGAGAGUUUGUCAACGAGCGACUAACUGCUGCUGCUGAAGAAAUAUUCGGAGUCUUUGAACAAACUAUCGUCGAGUACGAGGAAGAGAUCGAAGCGUAGACAGAUGGAUAUCGUUUGGAAACCCGAGAUAAAGCUACACAGGACAGAGCUCCCACAGCAUCAUGUCUGUAAGGAGGAGGAGGUUCACACUGACCAGCAGCUCUGUGACCAGGAGAGGAACUCCAGUCUGGACCAGGAGGACCCAGAGCCUCCACAGAUUAAAGAGGAAGAGGAGGAACUCUGCAUCAGUCAGGAGGGAGAGCAGCUUGUACUGAAGCAGGAGACUGAUACCUUGAUGUUGACUCCUACUAAUGAGGAAAGUGACCACCAGCUCCUCUUUCACAACUUUCCUGUAGCUGAGAGCCAAGAUCAGGAAGGAAGUAAGCAUGUAGACCCAGAAUCAACAGGAAAUGCAGAGACACAUCCAAAGAAUAGACAUCACAAAAACACAAGUCACAGUGACAACAUUUAUAACUUUCCCACAGCAAAGAGUCACUGUAACACUCAGACAGGUGAAAAAUCAUUCAAAUGCGAAACAUAUUUUUGCCAAACGUGUGGGAAAAGUUUCAGCUCAAGUUUGGAUCUGUUGAUCCACACGAGAGCCCACACAGGCGAGAAGCCAUGUAGCUGCAACAUAUGUGGAAAAAUAUGUAUUAACAACACACACUUGAGGAACCAUACAAGAUCCCACAGAAGUGAGACGCCGCAUACUUGCAAUACCUGUGGGAAGAAAUAUAAUUUCAAGAGACUCUUGAAUAUACAUAUGAGAACACACACAGGUGAAAAGCCAUAUUCUUGUGAAAUGUGUGCGAACACUUUCACUACGCGUGCAUGCUUGUCGGUCCACAUGAGAAUCCACACAGGUGAGAAGCCCUACACCUGCAACACCUGUGGGAAAAAAUUUCGUGUGAAGACGGCCUUAAAUACGCAUACAAGAAUACACACAGGUGAAAAGCCAUAUUUUUGUGAAAGGUGUGGGAAAAGUUUCUCUACUAUGCCAAUAUUGUCAGUCCACAUGAGAACCCACACAGGGGAGAAGCCAUACCCCUGUGAAAUCUGUGGGAGAAUGUUCAGGCAGCAGCCACACUUGGUGAAACAUCUAAUGAUCCAUACAAAUAAAAAGUCAUGUAAUUCCUGAACAUGUUGGAGAGCUUUCAGACUUAAUGGGGAAUUGACAGUCCGUAUGUAAAGAGCCUUUGAAAAAUGAUCUUGGAAAAAUAUUAGUUUUACAGUGAGUGCAUAGAUUCUAAGAAUAUAAAUGACUGAACUCUGAAAUAUUAUUGAAUUUUAUAUUUUUAUACUCUACCACAGUUAUGAGUGGGCUAGUCUGUAAUGUUAAAGCUGAGAAACCCUCAAAUGCUGUUGUGUCACUUGUUUGGUCAUUUAACCAUCUAGUUCAUUUUGUAUAAAUUAUGUGCAUUCCUAGAUAUUUUUAAUAAUUUUUCAUUGGAUCAAUUUGAUGUAAUUUGUAUGUUCUCAAGUUUUAGAGGUGAUGCACAAACAGGUUGUAGAGGGUGAACUGCAUUGUUUUGUAAAAGGUGCUAUACAAAUAAACUGACUUUGAUCAAAGAAUUUUAAUAAUGAAAA